ACAUCUCUAGUACGGUGUCGUGUAACCGAACUGGCGAACAACAUUCCACGGAGUUAUAUCGAGCUUUUACGCUAUAUAUAUGUGGCGUUUAAACAAUGCAUUAUGAUAUAAUUUAGUCACAUAAUGUGGCACGUGCCUUGAGCGAAACUUUCGAUGUAAUGCGCGUACCCAGUUUAUAAUAACAAUUGCAUAUAUCACCCAUAAACACCAUUUAUAAAAUUUCCAAAAAUAAAACGCUAGUUGUGAGAGAUUGAAUUAUAAACGUGAGCUGGCAGCGCGCCAGCUGCGCGCGCGCAUGCGUGAGACGAAUACUUGCGCGGAUUUUUCAUUUCUUUCCCUUUACAUAUCCGAAAGUCGCCGGAUUCUGAGAUGCUCAAGUAACAAGUAGUUAAAAAGUGAAAGUUUUAGUGAAUGUUAAUAAUAUUGUGUAAAUAAACAUGUCUCCGAGAUGUCCUGUGCCGCCGCUGCAAGAGAUGACCCUGUCGUUAGUCGCGAGACAAUUGAUCUAUGCGUUAUCCAGAGUCACAUCGGAUGAGGACGCUGAGCUCGCGUUCGCGAUGGUCUCGUCUUACUACGAAAACAUCGGCGCAACCACCGACAUAUUCCAGGACCUGAUCAACUUAAUACUCCAAUCAGAGUAUCUGGACCCCUCCAUCCGAUAUUACACGAUGAAAUUAUUGCUCAAAGAAAACGUGAAGAGUUUGGUAACUGGAAUGUUCCCCGUACCGUAUUACAGGAAAGUUGUCGAAGUAAUAGUCGAGCAAGGCCGACACCUGACAGCUUUAAAUUUAAAAGGAGUUUGGGUCAAGGACGAACAUCUGCCUCUCAUGUAUCAACUUAUUAAAAACCUAACGAAUUUAACCACUCUGAAUAUACCUUACAUUGCUAAUGACGAAGUGCUCAAGUACAUUGGACAGUAUAAUAAAGUAUUGAAACUCCUCGAUGUGUCAGGUGAGACUGAUAUCACCGAGAUUGGUAUCGACGCAAUGCUUUCUGGUAAUCCGCAGUUGGCUCAAAGUUUAACUGUAGUUAAUGUAGGCAUGUACGGGGAGGAGAAUAUUGAUCACACCGACGUCGCAUUAUUCAUACGGAAAUUGCCAAACCUCACAAACCUUGGCAGUUACUCGUUUGUUGGUAAAGCGAUUAAUCAUUUGUACAACACGGAUUGUCCGCCAGGUUUUAAAACAAAGUUGCAAUAUUUACACGACGCCCACACAAACGUGAGAACUAUGAAGGCUAUACUCGCCCUGUGUCCCAUGCUCGAGACGAUCUAUCUUGAAGAUCCAGAGCAAGGAGUCUUACAGCAAAUCAAAGACUUAAAUUGCAUAAACAAAAUUAAGCUGAAUAAAUUCCAAUGUCAUGAACUGCAUCAGUUGCUCGACAAAAUUGGAUACAAAAUAGUCAGCCUUAUGUUGUCAGGAUCUUCCGGUUCAUUUAAUUUUACGAGGAUAGCAGAAACGUGCAGGAACUUAGAAAGCAUAGAAUUCUAUUCAAUACAAACUGCAACGCACGAGGAAGAAAUACCUUUCAAUAAAUUGGAACAUAUAGAAAUCAUCCAGGGCAAUUUGUCCACGUCCUGUCUCAAAUAUUUGAUGACCGGCAGUCCAAAACUCAAAAAACUAAUCAUUGGUGAUGAAAUCAAGUUGGAUGAUAAUGAUAUGUCACGAAUGCUUCGCCGGUACAAAUUCGAACAUUUAGAAGCCAUAUGGUUUCCGAACGCACCUCGGCUUACACGGGACACCGUAGAGUUACUAAUGGAGUCUUUGCCAAAAUUACAAAGUCUUGGGCAGUUAAGCGGGUGGCGGUUUACCCCAGAUGAUAUGAUGUUAAUGAGAGCUAUCAUAGCAAGUACUAAUACAGAUUUGGUGUUAUCGCCUCUUGGUAUAUUCCAACAGGGGAAUUAGUGUUUCGAACUCAACUCAAUAUGGCGGAUAACGGCCGCAUUCUCGCAAAGUUUGAAGUCACUGAUGCAAAUUAUUGGUUUAAAUGGAUUUCAGAAAGGUAUACUUAUAACUUUAUAUUGCCAACAUUUGUGUUUUGUACUGAUUUCUGUAUUCAUGUGAGGCAUAAAUAACCGCUGUGAGGUAUCUACUGCCACACUAAAAGGUGGGAAAAGAUUGUAAAUUACGUUUAAGCCAAAACGUAAAGCAUUUGAGCACAGUAUUUUUUUUACCUUAUUAUGUUUUGAUUUUGUUAUGUUUUAAAUGUCUAUAAUUUAGGUUAAAAAUAAUUUCAAUUAGCCGUUGAUAAUCGCUUUCAUUGAAAUGAAUCUAGUCUUUAUAUUAAGUUGUAUUGUGUAUCGAAAUUAUACGUUAUGAAUAACAAGAAAAUAAAUAUUUUACAAAUUUAUUA